AUGUACACAACCCCUCCCUCACCCGAAGCACCACAGCCACACCUGAACAAAACCGAGCACCACCCUUACACACAUGCCGCACCCCCCCUCUCUCUCAUCCAACUCCCAAAUAAGACCAGUCAAACACACCCCACCAAACAUUCACAACCCCACACCUGCCGUACACCACGCAGAUACAACACGCCCCGUCCGCACAAAAACCAACCUCACCCCACAACAACCCGCCCGGGCUCGAUCAAUAACGCGGUCAACCAGAAGGCCAACAGAACGUCCAGACCGAACACAACACAACAACAACCACAACCAAACCUACAAAACGCCCCAGGAAAAAAACCCAACAACGACAACAAAACCAUACGUACCCUACAGACAACAAGCCUUCGACAGCAGCCCCCCCCCACACACACAACACAGCACCCACCACCAAAACAAUGCGCCCAACCAUAUAGCACCUACAAACACACCAACAACACUGCCCACACACCCUCAACCACUACACCAAAGUGCAGCAUACCAACAGCACGACACCCCACAAACCUCCCUGUCCGUCUACCAAUCCUCCCCCCAACCAGAACGAUACCCCCCAUCAACGCGUCGACACAGAACGACCCGUGCUUCGUGAUGGUGGACUGCGGGGUCCAGUGA